CCAAGAGAGACAUUACUCGUAAUAGUGCUACACUACCAAGGGGGUAUCGUACGAGUCAACGGUGGUCGCUCGUAUCUGUACAAAUAUGAAGCUCCUGCCGUCCUGUUUUCUAGAAUCCUCUCGCUAAGCUAUCCUCAACUUUGUUCAGUGGGUCGAAUUGUUAACGAUCAAGAUGAGAUAUCUCGGAGCUACACUUCUCUCACUCAUUAGCGCUGCCUGGGCCGCAGCUAUCAGCGCAUCGAGCGUAGCUGCCGUAUCCUCUCCCGCCGCCGCGGACUAUCCGAAGACGGACGGGUUGCUUUUCAACAUCGACGGGGAAACCAAAUACUUCGCUGGCACGAAUAGCUACUGGAUCAGCUUCCUAACGAACAACGCAGACGUGGAUAAGACGCUCGACGCACUCGACCAGGCCGGGCACAAGAUCUUGCGCGUCUGGGGUUUCAACGACGUAACGUCCCAACCCGGGGGCGGAACUGUGUAUUUCCAACUCUUGUCCAGCGGAGGCUCAACGAUUAACACGGGGGCAAAUGGCUUGCAGCGGCUUGAUUACGUGGUUGAAGCCGCGGAAAAAAGGGGCAUCAAGUUGAUCAUUAAUUUUGUUAAUAAUUGGAGCGAUUACGGAGGCAUGCCGGCUUACGUGACCGCCUUCGGAGGCAGCCAGACAACCUGGUACACCAAUACCGCAGCGCAGACCCAAUACAAGGCAUACAUUAAAGCCGUCGUGUCGCGGUACGCCAAUUCGUCUGCCAUCUUCGCAUGGGAGCUCGCCAACGAACCGCGCUGCAACGGCUGCGAGACUACUGUUCUUACAGACUGGGCGGCUACUACGUCCGCCUACGUCAAGAGCCUUGAUCCGAACCACAUGGUGACUCUUGGAGAUGAAGGGUUUGGCUUAGCCGGAGAUGGAAGCUACCCUUAUCAGUUUGGAGAAGGCCUCGAUUUCGCGGCGAAUUUGAAGAUCGAGACAUUGGACUUCGGCACGUUUCAUUUGUAUCCGAGUAGUUGGGGCACGGAGUACGAUUGGGGCAAUGGCUGGAUCGAGGCCCAUGGCAAGGCGUGCGAGGCAGCGGGGAAGCCGUGCUUGUUUGAGGAAUAUGGUUCCACGACCGACCACUGCGGUAUCGAGGGCAAGUGGCAGAACACGUCCCUCUCGACAAAGGGGUUGGCGGCGGAUUUGUUUUGGCAACUGGGUAUGACGCUAAGUACGGGACAGACGCAUAACGACGGAUUCACUAUUUACAGCGGCUCAUCGGAGUGGACUUGCUUGGUUACGAAUCAUGUUGCUGCUAUUGACUAGAAAGAGGGGUCGCGUAACCGUCCGAGCUCGGGCAAUGCUUAUAUGGUGGUAAGCGACGAUUAGGUUCGAUACAACUUCUACCUAGUCAUUACAUCAUUCGACAUUACCUCUAUUCCGUUACGACU